CCGCCGCCUGCCCCAACCCGCGCUGCCGCCGCCCGGCCCGGCGCGCACCUCCUUCUCCCGGGGUGACCGGCCUGCCGCCGCCGCCCGAGACACAGCUUGGCACCCCUUCCCCCGCCCUCGCCGCCGCCACCACACACACACACGCACGCUUCUCUCCAUCUUGUGAUUCCUUUUUUUCUCCUGAGCCCUCCAGUGGGGGUGCGAGUUUGCCUUUAUUCCCCCCACUCCUCCACCUUUAUUUCUGUCUCUCCUCCCCCUCCUCAGCUUGGUGUGCGCCUCUUUCUUUUCUCGCCCCUCUUCAUUUUUAUUUAUUCAUAUUUAUUUGGCUCCCGCUCUCUCUCGCCCCUUCUUCCUCCCUCCCUCCCUCCCUCCGGAUCCCUGAUCUCUCCCCGGAGUGGCGCGUCGGCGGCUCCGCCGCUGGCCAGGCGUGAUGUUGCACGUGGAGAUGUUGACGCUGAUGUUUCUUGUGCUCUGGACGUGUGUGUUCAGCCAGGACCCUGGCUCCAAGGCCGUCGCCGACCGCUACGCCGUCUACUGGAACAGCAGCAACCCCAGAUUUCAGAGGGGUGACUACCACAUUGACGUCUGUAUCAAUGACUACCUGGAUGUGUUCUGCCCUCACUAUGAGGACUCAGUCCCAGAAGAUAAGACUGAGCGUUAUGUCCUCUACAUGGUGAACUUUGAUGGCUACAGUGCCUGCGACCAUACUUCCAAAGGGUUCAAGAGAUGGGAAUGUAACCGGCCUCACUCUCCAAAUGGACCACUGAAGUUCUCUGAAAAAUUCCAGCUCUUCACACCCUUUUCCCUAGGAUUUGAAUUCAGACCAGGCCGGGAAUAUUUCUACAUCUCCUCUGCAAUCCCAGAUAAUGGAAGACGGUCCUGUCUAAAGCUCAAAGUCUUUGUGCGACCAACAAAUAGCUGUAUGAAAACUAUAGGUGUUCAUGAUCGUGUUUUCGAUGUUAACGACAAAGUAGAAAAUUCAUUAGAACCAGCAGAUGAUACCGUACACGAGUCAGCCGAGCCAUCCCGCGGCGAGAACGCGGCACAAACACCAAGGAUACCCAGCCGCCUUUUGGCAAUCCUACUGUUCCUCCUGGCGAUGCUUUUGACAUUAUAGCACAGUCUCCUCCCAUCACCUGUCACAGAAAACAUCAGGGUCUUGGAACACCAGAGAUCCACCCAACUGCUCAUCCUAAGAAGGGAUUUGUUAUUGGUUUUUUGGCAGAUGUCAGAUUUUUAUUUUCUUUCCUUCAGCCUGAAUUCUAAGCAACAACUUGGGGCCGGGGGAGCUAACAUAGUUGCUGCCUCCCUCACCUCACCCCCACCCCUGCCCUUGCCUUCUCUCACCCCUUGCAAAUUAGAUGGACUCCAGAUGAAAAUGCCCAGUGGUUAUAGUGACACCCGUGGUCGUCUGCUCCUGUGCAUUCUCCUCCAAGAGCUCACCUCCUGUAGCGUACUGUCAGCGGUAUGUGGACGAGGAAGGAUAGUGGCAGAUGCAGCCGGUGAUGGCGAGGCCCAGGAGGGUUUUCCUCUCCCACGCAAUACUUAUGCCUUCUCGUUCAGGACUGUAAGAUGAUCAUGCAGGGCAUCAUGUCACCAUGUCAAGUCCAGAGGGGAGGGAUUAAGACUAGAUAUAAUAUUACACCAUUUCCUCUAGGAGUAUAUAAAUGAACAGGCUUCUGAAAGGUUGAGACACUGGUUUUCUGUUUUUUGUUUUUGUUUUUUUAAAAAGGUGACUGUCUUAAAGCAUUCUUGACAGCAAAACUUGUGCUCCGUAAAAGAAGCCUUUUGUCUAGGAGGCGGGUCGAGUGCCGGAAUGUUAGCACAGAGCAAGUGUGAAAACACGCUGCGUUGGGUGGGGGAUAUAUAUGUGUGAGUGCCUCUAACUUUUUUUGGUGACUGACUGGGCAGCGCACACCAGAUUUUUUUUCCUUUGAAUACAGAUCACCAUGGUGCUACAACUUUUUUUUUUUUUUUUUUUUUAAAGAAACUGAAAGAGGCAUUUUUACAAAUAAAGUGACCUUCCCCGAGGCUGACAAGCCAGGGUUGAUGAGUGUAUAUGGAAUAGCUUUGGAUACUCCUCUGGGGGAACGAUGUGUACCAAGGAAAGGGUGUCAGUGGCCAGAGGAGAUGUAAUUUGGCUUUGCUGGAGCGCCAGUGUGCUGUGGCCUUUCCCUGACUCCCACCCUCAUACCCACACUUUGCUCCACACUCCACGACUACAGGGGCUCAGACACAAACCCCUGUCCCCGGAAGAGUCAAUACUACUUGGGAGGGCUAAAGGGAAAUUUGGAAUAAAAAUUCCAAAGUCUGGAACGAAAAAAUUCAAGAGUUGAUUUUAUAUUCUUUCCCUUUCUGACACAGCCUGAAGCGUAGGGGGAACAUAUGUUUAUCUGUGGGAGAUAAACAAGAUGGAGUCCCAAAGACUUUAACAAACUAUUUUUUUAAAAAUCCACUAGAAUAGAAUAUACAUUAUUUAGAUAUACUUUAUGCUGAGAGUGAGUAUAUAUGCUUGUCCUAUUUAAACCUGUGAGAAAAAGUGGUAUCCCUUGAUACAUUUAGAAAUAUGGGGGGGCUGCCUUGUUUCAUUGUAGGGGUGGGCAAGAGGACAGUAAAUCAGCACGGCCAACAGGGAUGUUCCCAGUCCAUUACCAGGAAAUGCAAGCCUUGGGGGUUGCUACUGGUGAGGCUGUCACGAACUUUGAACUCCAAAGCCUAGACAGGGAAAAGUGUCAGACCGAUGGAAAAGAAAAGAAAUCAAGCAAGCCUUUUUUGGCUGUUGCAGGACAUGUCAACAGAAACCAUGCCUUUCAAAACAAAACAAAAAAUAAAUGCAAUGAUCGUGUAAGAUGUGAAAAACUGGAAGCGUUCCAGCACAAUAAGGACUUUUUUAAAACUGGGUUUUUUUUUUAAUGUACAUGUUUAAAAAGAGGGGUCAUAUUAUGGAUAGACUUCAUGAAGGGGAAUUUGCUAAGAACUGUGAGUAGUUCUGAAUUAGAGAGAUAGAUAUGUGAAUGAAAGGCAGCUGUAAAGGCACUGCACGCUGGAGAGUUGUACACAUGUUGAAAUGUAAUCUGGGCUUACCCGAUCCGUUUGGAGUGGAUGUUAAUGCUGGGUCUGUUCGCACUUGGAACCAUGUGAGAGGUUGCCAGCCUCUCGGAUUAAAUCCCAUUCCCCCAGACAUCAGGAACUUCUCUGGAGUGGCAGAGUCUUAUCACAGAAGGCAGCCACCAUUUCACUGAAACAAAAGUUCACAGCAUUGGAUUAUUUUUUGCAUUAACUAUUUAUAUACUCAGAACUCUCAGUAAUACCCAGUAAUACUUCUUUUUUAUUAAUAGUUAGUUACAGGCUUGUUGGUCCAGUGGGAUUUGGGUAGGGGGAAAAAGAUGCCUUCUAAAAUGGAUCAAUAGAACCAAAAUAAUAUUGCAUGUUCUAUGACCACAAGGAAAUCAAAUGAUCCUGUAAUGAUUCCAGUUAGUCAUAACUACAUUAUCAGUGCUAAUUUCAUUUUAGAAAUGGUGACUUCUGUGGUUUUUCUAGCAUUUGUCUCUAACAAAUGAUAAAAUAAUUAAUGACUCAUGGCCCUCUCUGCCAUUGUCUUUCAUUUUUCACAGUGAAAUUAGACCCCUUCACCACUGUGCCACUACAAAUUAAAUGUAAAAAAAAAAGCAAGACUAUCCACACCAGUAGACAAUGUGCUUCUCUACCUAAAAGUGACGUAAUUGUAGGUAACGCUUGCCACGGAGUUUUCAAGAAGACGAUUGGUAUCGUGCAGUUUUCAUCUUGUCCAAAAAGUGCUGGUGGCCUUUUGUGAUGGUGUUAACAACCCUCAGGGGGCUUAGGAGGAUGUCGACGGAACUUUGUAGCAGCUUUUAAUUUCAAAAACAAUUCAAAAGUAUGAAGGGCAGCCUUUGCUGCCUCUCAGCCCCAGUCAGUCAAACCCCAGCGACCUUUGCCCCUGGUUGCCAAGGGCUUUGCAACGUGAAGCAGGGAAAUAAGGAUCUGUCUGUGUAGUGGAUACCGUGUAUCCUUUAAUAGACCAGGUAAUAGUUUGUGUUAGUUUAGACUAUUGUUUUGUACUGUACUUUCUUGGGUGGCAGAGGAAAGAAAAGUAAAACGUUAAAAAAAACUGCAUUCUUUAAAUUCUGUAUUAUUAGCAACCUCUGUUGUAUAUAGUGUUUGAUAAUAAAGUAUUAAUUUGAUUCUUA